CUUGAGCAGUUGAGCGCCAAAACCCAAAAGGAAAGAACAUGCAUCGGUGGCAGCAGUGCACCUACGUUUCCAUUACCAUUAGGAAAGAUCUCGUCUAGUUUUCAUUCUUUUACUGGAUAUUUUCUCGGUUUGAGGCCAUCUGUUAUGUUAUAUAUGCUCACUGGAUAAAUCGAAAUCUCUGCACAACGUCAAAUAUGGAUGACCUAUGGGGAGACGACGAUCUAGAUGCCGAUGUAGUAGAAGAAUGUGUGUUGCUUGCCACUCAAGCAAGUUAUUGUUCCUCUCCCAAGCCCCAGCCCCAACGUCAACAGCAUAGUUUCAUUGAAAAUAAACCAAAGUAUGGAUUUGAAUUCAAACAACCAAGCCAUCAGCUUCAAAUUAAUGUAACAAACCAGAAAACUGCACACCUGGUACAUUCAUCUACAGAAUCAAAUUGCAAUAGCAACAGUAAUGUGACAGCCAAGUUAGUGGAUGUAGCUGAGCUAGAGCUACUGAAAGAAGAAAACCGAAGACUAUGUGAAACAAAUCUUAUGAAAAAUGGGGAAUCCACCAUAUUACGAACUGAUCUCCAGAGUGUUCGGGCAGCUAUGGAGAAAAGAGAAAUUGAAGUUUCUCAUCAGCUAGCUUCCUUAAAAGAGAAAGUAAUUCAUAUGGAUACACAGUAUUCAAAACAGCUAGAAGCAUCAAAGACAGAAAUGAAGUUCAAGGAAUUAGAAUUGGAGGAGUUACGAAACAAGUGCAAGAAGAUUGAACAAAGUGCUAAAGAGCACCAGAAGAAUAAAACACUUCCAAUCUCCAACCAAGAAUCACCAAACAGAAGAAAAUUUCUAAACAGAUCCUCGUUUGAAAUGGCUAAAUAUGACGCUAAAACUGCUACAAUCGAAACAGGAAUUCAAACUGAACCUAUUAAACGAUUCCGCCUAGAUUCAACAGGCACAGAACUAGGAAUGGAUAACGCCACCGAUACUUCAAUUUUGAUCGAAACACUCAAAUUCAGCCUUCUGUCGUCCAUGUACAAUAACGCUAUUUCGUAUUCAACCGUUAUGGAACAGCUAAAACUACGAAUGAUUUCUGGUGGGGUCCAAGAAAAUUUGAUAGACCUAUUCCAUAGCAGUGAACCCGGUAUAGCCGAAAUGAUAUGCAGCAACUUAGAGCGGGUCAAAAACGCAGAUAUUCUGAAGUCAAACAUAGAAUUUUUGUGUUGCUGGAUCACCCAUAUUUUGCCCUUCGUCGAAAAUCCAAAACGAGGCCGCCUUAUUGAGAUCCUUCUAUCGGAAAUUCGACGAAUAUCGUUUAUCGAUAUGAUGAGUCUAUUAUCAGCCAUCGUAGCUCGUUUCGGCUUAGCGACGGUUUGCAACCGACAAUCAGGUUGCCUACUCGAGAAAACGGCCCUAAAUCUCAAAGACUCGUAUCUAUCUUUGAAUACAGAAGAUAAAUUUCAGGCAGCCCAAAAGCUGGUUCUGACUAUUUCAACUAUGCUUGCCUCUCCUGCAUCAGAAAAUUCAGUGAAAAAAUGCUUGUGCAUUCCGCAUUUAUUGAAGUCACUGGUUUUCGUUGUUCAUCAUCAAAUUGAAGUUGAUGGACUCACACCUCACGCUGCAGAGCGUAGGCUGAAAAUGCUCGUUCAGGCUUUCAGGUUAUCACUUGGUAUUUUGAGCUCUCGUCGAGAGCCUUGGCUUACUUAUAAGCAUUCAUCAGCAGAGGUGAAUCGCUUGUAUACAGUGCUAACAGCCAUCUCUGUAGAGUUUCAUGUACCAAAGGAAAUAAGUCAUGAAAUUAAUGUUUUGGCGUUUACCUUGCCUGGAUUUGGACUCUAACUGCAGCUGUCCUCGUGAUAUUUCCCCGUUCAAUAUUGGAUGUAUAUUCUGUUAGCUGUUACCCAGCAUAUUACUUCAUAUCUUAGUGCGAAAAUAUUUGUAUCUCAUGCCGCCGGAAGUAUUGGGUUCGAUUCUCACAAAGUUCGAAACAAAGUCUCGAAACUAAAACGAGAAAAAAAAUUAUAAUUUCAAAACAGAACCGAUCUUCGGCAAGUAAAGUUUUUAUAGCAUUA